CACACACACACUCUCUCUCUCUCUCUUUAUAUAUGUAUCUAUAUAAAUGCAAUUAUAUAUUGAUUGAUAUAUAGAUAAGAGGAUAAAGAGAAAGAGAAGAAGUUUGGGAAGGAUCAAAUGGAGAGUUUGGACUGCAAGGGAGUAAUGGCAGUGGUUGCUGUUUCAAGUAGCGUGGCUUUUGUGGCAAUUCAAGUACAUAAGCGUCUUCUUUCUGAUUUCAUGAACAAAGUCCAUUUACAAUUUGAUCACAAAGAACAUCAUAUUCAUAAGAGAGACACUACAAAGAAGAAAAAGAAAGUGAGAUUUGCGGCCGAUGUGAUAGAGCCAUCAUCGAAUAACGAAGAAUAUCGACGUCAAUGGCAAAAUUUGAUUGCUGGAGAAAUAAACACGUAUUAGUUGAUAAAGAAAUAAACUCACUCGUUGUAAAUAUUUCUUUUUUUAUCAUUUUGCACUUUUUUCCUUCAAAUAAUUUUGUAUUAUAUUUUGAAUAAUAAUAAAUAAUUAGAUGUUGGAUUAACUUCUAAUCCAAAUCAUUAUUAUUA